GUUUUCGGGUUUAGACCCGCUCCAUUUAGAGGAGGCCGAUUUGAUCUCUACAAAAACCCUAGAAAUCUUUUUUCCUGUUAGCACUCCGCCACUCCCUCUGUUCAUCUCUCUGUAUUCUCGCUGACGGAAGAACGCUUGCGCUUUCAGAGAGAUCUGAUAUUGCUACAGAACGUUUUUCCUCUAAGACCAUGGCUCUGGUCUUGCAUGCAUGGAAGACAAACACAAAUGCUUUCAAGGCACUCAUUGCUGCAGAAUACUCUGGGGUCAAGGUUGAGUUUGUUGAAAAUUUUGAGAUGGGUGUCACAAACAAAACCCCUGAAUUUCUUAAGAUGAAUCCGAUUGGAAAGGUUCCUGUGCUGGAAACACCUGAUGGUGCUAUAUUUGAGAGCAAUGCUAUUGCUAGAUAUGGUCAGCGCUUGAAGGCUGACAAUCCUUUAUAUGGUUCUACCGCCAUUGAUUAUGGUCAUAUUGAACAGUGGAUAGACUUUGCAUCAUUGGAGGUCUAUGCUAAUAUUUUGAACUGGUACAGGCCAAGAAUGGGGUGGGCUGUAUACCUCCCUCCGGCUGAGGAAGCUGUAAUUUCUGACUUGAAGAGAGCAUUGGGUGCCUUGAACACUCAUCUUGCGUCAAACACUUUCCUGGUUGGCCAUUCUGUAACUCUUGCAGACAUCAUCAUGGCAUGCAACUUGUGUAUUGGGUUCAAGGCAAUCAUGACUAAGAGCUUUACAUCAGAGUUCUCUCAUGUCGAAAGAUACUUCUGGACCUUGGUUAAUCAACCAAAUUUUAAGAAGAUACUCGGUGAGGUCAAGCAGGUAGAAUCUGUUCCACCUGUUGCAAGAAAACCUUCUCAACCAAAAGAAUCUGUUAAACCAAAGCCUAAAGAGGAACCUAAGAAAGAAGCAAAAAAGGAAGCCAAGAAAGAGCCAGCAAAGCCAGUCGAGGAAGAGGAGGAGGCUCCAAAGCCCAAACCUAAGAAUCCUCUUGAUUUGCUUCCUCCUAGUAAGAUGAUACUUGAUGAGUGGAAGAGGCUUUACUCCAAUACCAAGACCAAUUUCCGUGAAGUGGCAAUCAAAGGUACUAUCUUUUUUUAUUUGCCUUGUUUGCACUCAUCUCCACUGUUGCACGUCUUUGUUUAUUUUCUCAAAAACAUUUUUGUUUGUUCUAUUCAUAAAAACAUCUUUUUUUCAUGCACAUGGAGUCUAACGAUGCAAAACUGUUUUGAGUAUAAAAAGAUUUACCAUGCAUGACAUCUCUAAGAAGUU